UCUUCCAAGAUGGCGACAGAGAGGAACCAACGAGAUAGGAAUGAAAGAAGGGCGAGGCGGGCAAGGAAAUGCCUUUUAGGAAGCACGUGAGCGAGGCCUGCACGCCGCGCCGCGUUUGUGAAGUUUGUUUUCCGGGGGUUCUUGCGAGGCAGAGCACGUGACCAGUGGCCUCGUCUCGGCGCUAUGCCUCACAGGCGGAAGAAACCAUUCAUAGAGAAGAAAAAGGCUGUAUCAUUUCAUUUGGUACACAGAAGUCAGAAGGACCCUUUGGCAGCAGAUGACACUGCACCCCAGAGAAUUCUUUUGCCUACACAAAAGAGAAAUGAUGAAAAACGGAGAGAAGAACAGAGGAAAUAUGGAGUAUUCUUUGAUGAUGACUAUGACUACUUGCAGCAUCUUAAAGAAGCUUCUGGAUCUUCUGAACUUGUUCUAUCGAGCAUCCCAACUCAACAAAACAGGGUUAUAGUGACCACAGAAGGGGAGGUGCAAGAUGAAAUUCAGCGCAUUCCAGCUCCCACUAUUAAUUUGCCUUCAUCGGUGUUUGCAUCAGAAUUUGAAGAGAAUGUGGGGCUAUUAAAUAAAGCUGCUCCUGUUUCAGGGCCCAGACUAGAUUUUGACCCUGACAUCGUUGCUGCACUUGAUGAUGAUUUUGAUUUUGACGAUCCGAACAACCUUCUUGAAGAUGACUUCAUUUUAAAUGCCAAUAAACCUGGGCACAUAGAGCAGGAAGAGGAAGCUUACUGGGAAUCUAAAUCUGGAGAUGAAAAUGAAUGGGAAGACAUGGAGGAAGAGGAGAUGGAUGGAAAAAACAUUUGUAGCGAUGGAGAGUAUGAUUCUGAGGGUCCUUUGUCACAUGACAGUGAAAUUGGAGGAGAGAUGAAAGAAUUUCUUUUCAUGCAUGAAGAGACCAAGAGUCUUUUCACAGAAUACUCUAUGACCUCUGCAGUAAUAAAAAGGAAUGAACAGUUAACCCUUCUGGAUGAGAGAUUUGAGAAGUUUUUUGAGCAAUUUGAUGAUGAUGAAAUUGGAGCAUUAGAUAAUGCAGAGCUAGAAGGCUUCAUUCAAGGUGACAGUGCUCGUCUACAGGAAGUCUUGAAAGACUACUAUAAAGAGAAAGCAAAGGACUGUGUGAAACCAGAUGUCCUUGAAAUCAGGGAAGAUUCAGAGCUACUCUUGAAUAAGACAAUCGAAGAAGCGGAUGAGGAAGAAAAGGAAAUUGUAACUUUAAUUAUAGAGGAACCCAAAGAAAAGUGGGAUUGUGAAUCCAUUUUAAGUACCUAUUCAAACUUAUACAAUCAUCCAAAACUUAUUGAAGUUCCACAAAAGCCCAAACCAGUCAAAGUGUCCAAUAAGACUGGAAUCCCUCUGGAUGUUCUGCCUCAAAGAGGACUUACAGCUAAGCAGGCUGAGCGCAUGCAAAUGAUUAAUGAUUGUGACCUGCCAAGAGUAUCUACACAACCACGUCCCAAAAAUGAAAGUAAAGAGGAUCACAAAGCUAGAAAACAAGCUGUCAAAGAAGAACGCAAAGAACGCAGGAUAGAGAAGAAAGCAAACAAACUGGCCUUCAAACAUGAGAAAACAAGGCAACAGAAAGAGCUGCUUAAUCUGCAACAGAACAUUCAAGGGCUCAAAUUGUCAUAUUAAGACUAAUUGCUUCCUAUGAAGGACAUUGAACCACUGUGUUCUUUGCUGGUAUCUCUGGAAAAGCUACCUCCCAGUCCGAAGUCUGUCUUGUAGCAAAUCUUUACACAAUCUUUGGUACAAAAUAGUGCAGAUUCUUCGGCAUGAAACACAGGGCUCCUUCUACUUUAGAAAGCUGUAUUAUUUGAACAUCCUUGUGCUAUAUUGUAAUGCACCAUCUGACAGAAUCACAUAAUUCCAGAAGAAUCAAAAAUACCUUUAGGAAAAAUAUGGGAUAACUACUGGUUUUAACAGUUUACCACUUAAAAUCAUAUAAAUGAUUGUGGAUUCUCACUCCUGAGAAGAAGUCAUAAGAUGAUUUAUUGUGCAAUUCUGCGUGGAGUUAUUGCAGUCUAAGUUCUUUGAUUUCACUUGGGCUUUGGCUGGAGGAGUUGCAUGGAAUUGCACUGUUAACCUCCUAAUACGUCUCAUGUACUUGUAAGUAGUUGUUUAUUUAGUAUUGUGAAUGGGCAAAGGACUCAAAGACUUGUAUUAUAUAAAUAAAAUGGAGUAAGAAAAACCA